AUGGCUACUGCCCACAUGUCAUCCGACGUUCCUAAGCCCUCUUUCGCAAAGGUGCGCUCCACUUCUGAGCUGCCCCUCGUUUUUGAAAGCUCAGUUGUUGCUUCACGAUACAUGCUAACACGGCUUGCGUUUCUCCAGGUCGCUGCAUCGGCAUCAAAAGACAACCUACCUGUCACUACCGUGCGAAGAGUAACCGCGUCAGCUCAAAACCGCCCAGAGCAAGCCUCGUCCGCUGGCAUCGCUCCUGUCCCUACACUCGUUGCAAACGGAGCCGACAGCCGCCCACCUCCGGCCAUGGACUCCACGAAGCCUGCACCGACAGCCCCCAAGCGCGAGCCCGCCCUGCUCAAGAAGACCGAUGCGACGGACCUUGUUGUAGAUGGACUGAAGGAUCUGAACAUUGGACAACGAACACCAAGCCUUGUUGUGAACGGGACGGGAUCUUCCUUCACUGAGCGAUCAAAAUCUGUGGCCAAGGAUGGUUCAGACGAUUCUCAGAAGGCUGAUUCCAGCUCCGAGCUUGGUACUAAGCCCCCCAGUCUGGAUGGAAAGAGUAUCACAUCGGGAACAACCUUCGCGUUGGAUGAAAAGGAAUCACUGCGACCAGAUGAUAGCGCCAGCGUGAAAGCCGCGGCCGCUGAAGACGAUGACUCGUUUUCCUUCCGAGGGCCGAACCUACCCAGUUCCAGGAUGGGCUCCGACAUAGCUGCGCGUGCGAGGGGUAUCAUUCAACUUGGGGACAUGCCGGAUCGCCGCCUUGCCCAGCCCAUCUCCGGGUCUCUGAGUCAAGGCAUGAUUACACCGCAGAGCGCCUCCUCCGACCAGCCACCGAUGCCCCCUGCCAAUGCUUUGUCGGCCACUCUGCCCGAUUCGGCCAAUCUCUUGAACACCAUCUAUGGACAAGCGCCAGACGAGAAACUGUUGGAGGCUAUGGCCUCUCCGAAAGACAGGCUAUUCUUGUUGCGACUCGAGGCUGAGUUGAUCAAGUUUGUUCAGAAUUCCAAGGAGCCGUACAUGGACUUCCCUCCAUCCAAUUCCUUCUGUAGAAUGCUCACCCACAAGCUGGCCGAUUAUUACCGGAUGACACAUCAGUAUGAAGCUCGUGUCGGAUCUGUGCGCAUAUUCCGAACCCCGUACGCCAGGGUGCCCGAGUCGCUGGCUAGUAUCGCUGCCCCGGAGACGAAUGCUGAGACACCACCUCCGCCCGCGGUGCUGCCGCGAAAGAUCAUGCGACGCGGAGAGGAGGGAGAAUUCGGUCCCAACAGCGCUUCUCCAUCCAAGGCUACGUCCGAGACCGGCAGUGACUCCAAGGACAAGUCGGCUGCUGCCAACCAGAAAUUGUCGAGGGAACAGCGGGAAGAGGCGUACAAGCAAGCCCGGGAGAGGAUCUUUGGCAACUCUGAAAAGACGGGAGAAUCAACACCCGACAAUGAAGGUGAAAAUGGAGUUUCACGCGCCAGCUCGGUCUCUGCCCGAGACAAGACCCAAAAUGGCAAACGGGGCAAAAUGGGCAAACAGAGACGGGAUGAUUCCGACAGCUUCGACUCGAGACAUAACUACACUCCCUACUGGGGCCCGCAGCAACAGACGUGGAUGCCGCAGCCCCAGUACGUCCCUGUAUCCAACCAGUAUGGUGCUCCAGUGCAGCAGCAGCCUCAGCAGCAGCAGCCUCAGCAGUCGUACCCCAACCAGAUUCAAGCACCUUACAAUACGACGCCAACUCAAACCUUUGCUCCCAUGAUGCCCAAUGCGGGUUACAAUGCGUCGUAUCCCAACAUGCCGCCGUACCCGUCACAGCAGGCGAACCAAGCACGGUUCCAGCCGCCUGCAAACCCCAGCAAUUAUGGGGGAGCUGGUUCGGUUCCUCCGCAGCAGCAGCAAGGCUGGCAGCAAGGGUUUGGGCCGGCGCCGGUGCCAAUGACUCCUCCCUCUGCGGCCAAUGCGACCGCCUACACUCCGCGAGGCAUGUCCGCGCCGCCCGGACAAGGCACGGUCCCGUACAUGUAUGGGCAGCUGCCGGCCAAUAUUAACCCAAACGAUCCCAAGAGUCAGCAUCCUAUCCCCGGUAGCUACAAUCGGCAUGCUUUCAACCCCAAGACGCAGUCGUUUGUCCCUGGUGGUGGCAUGGCCCCGAUGCAGCCGCCCCAACCACCGUUCAGCGCUCCUGGCUCUCACCAUGGUAGUCCCCAGAUUGGAUCGCCUCAUCUAGCAUACGCCGGCUACCAACAGCCAGGACUGCCGGCGCCUUACGGCUACGGUAUGGCCCGGCAAGGGUCAAACAGCUCGAUUCCUUCAUACCACCCUCCACCGCCUCAGCAGCCUCAUCACCUUAACCCUUUGCCCCAAGCACCGGGCUCUCAUAUGCCUCAACAUCCGCCGCAACACCUCCCGCAAAACCCCUCUCCCCAUAUUCCCAACAAACCCGUCAUCCCCCAGGGCCCAGCUGGACAUACGUUCAGCCACCUGCCGCACUACGGCAACCCUGCUACUUUGCCACAGAAACCGAACAUGGGUGUUUAG